AUGUCAACAACAGAGAACACAACAACUGCUAUCGUUCAUGAAGCCAUAAGUGAAGAAUACGAGUACAUACAAUAUAACAAACAGUUACGUCUCAUUCGUUCGGUCAAAGACGAUAUGUACCAAAUGCAAAGUAUUUUGACAGCUCUUCAUUCUACAAAGCCAGCACAUCAUUGGUUUGAAAACCAGCAGGCAAAAGAACUUUUAGAAGAAUUUCCUCAUAUGUUUGCGACCCGAGGAAAACCGCGGGUCGAGAUUCCGUACGAAAAUCGUAAAAAUUUGCCAAAUGGUUUGAGAGGUUGGUAUGUACAUAGACUUCUUGUAAAUGCUGUAGCAAUGUGGGCUUCACCUCGUUACGCUUGUUAUAUUUUCAUGAUGUUAGAUGAAAUUCAUAGACAAGAACGUGAAGAGCUAGAGAACAAGCUUGAAGCAAAAGACAAAAACAUACAGAAAAGAAUACACGUUCGGUACCAAAAGGAAAGGAAAAGAAACUAUAAGUAUAUGAUUUACACUGAAGAGAUGGAAAAUGAAGA